GACUCCGCGCUAACAUUGGCGUGUAGUAGAUGACACCGAUAUGUGUCCAGUAUCUCGUUUGGGCAUCGUAACGAGGCCUUGCAGGCACCUGCAAGCCGCUGAAUUCAUAUCACCGGACUGGUGGAGGCGGCCAAUUCUGUCAGGAACCAAUGACGCGAUCAGUUGUUGCCAGUCCUCAUAUCGGCACGCCCGCGGAGUUCCAUAGUUGCAAGAGGUACCCGAGAUGAAACAGGAUAGAACCCUAUCUGUGAACGAGUCAUUGCAGUCCUGCUUACUAUGCCCGACGCGGCCAGCGUAUAAAGGUCUAAUGUUUAACAUCUACUCCUCGUCAGAAUUGCCAGUUGUGCGACCACUACCUGCGAAGCGGUGCACCAGCUUUCCACGUUAGGAUGACCAGGAACUCCCUGCCAACAGAGAUCGAUGCACCGCCCUUCUACCAUACCACCUCAUCCUCCUGCGAGAAUAAUCUUCCUUUGUAUACGGAGUGCCCUGGACACUCCGAGCUGCGCGUCCUGCAUUCUGGUCCAGCAACUGCCGGGGAUGCUCCGGCCGCAGCUCGCACGCGCCAGUGUAUCUACCAGACCGACUACCUAAAGAUUGACGUCGGCGAAUUUCCACACGCCGUUAUGCGUCCUUCGUAUGGCUUCAACGGCGUCGUAGAAGGUGUCAUCACCUUUCGAAAGAAAUGCACUUUCGUCACACACAUUACUGUUGAAUUGGAAGGCAGCAUCUCGACUUCUUCAAUGGACCAUGCAAAACUUCCAGGAUUUUCCAAACUUCCUUUGUUCAAUCGGUCAACCACACUCUUCUCCGUCUCAAACCCUCAGGACACCCGCUGCAUCGCAGCAGAUACCCUCUACCGGUUCUCUAUCCCAUUCCCCACUUACAUCGAUGGUCAAAGCGCACAGUUACCUCCGUCGCAUAUAGCUAUCCACCCUGGCGUCUCCUCUGACGUCAGCUAUUCCCUUCAUAUUAACGUCGUGCGCAAAGGGCUCUUUCGACGCAACGAGGCCUGUCCGAUCCCAGUAUACUAUCUACCCAAGACGCGGCCUUCCAUGGCAACACUUCUUGAGCUCCCGCCACUGUCUCUGGACGCGGUAUCUAACCGUGUCAAAGCUAUUUCACUCAUGCCUACGUGGCCGAGUACUUGCCAAGCGCGCUCGCUGACUUCUCAGGGUACGGAGCUGCCGAGUGUACAGGCAUUCUUGCCGCUCCCGCGAUGCUACCCGUCCGGUGAACCGAUCCCGAUGGCGCUGAAGAUCAGCUGCCUGUCGUCGCCCGCGCUGACGAGGCUCUACUUCCCAAAUAUCGAGGUGCAGCUCGUCAAGAGGCGCAAGAUCUAUGUCGGUCUCCAGCGGCAGUACAGUCUGCGCGAGAACGUCCUGAACACGGCGGUCAUUGACCACAAAACGUGCCUGGAGAUAGGAGGAUGCUGCGUUAUCAUGAGGCUGGAGGCCGGGGCGAUGGGUAGAGAGUGCUCAUGGUCCGUCGAUGGUGUCAUCGAUAUUCAGUACGUCAUUCGCAUCUCUGUGCGUCCCCCGAAGGGCACCCCUCACCUGCCGAUUUUCCGCCACGACGAGAUGGUGCAGCUGACGACAGAUCCCUACGAGUCGCUUGAAACGGAGAUGCUGACCGGCAACAUAUCCGCUCCCGCAUUUGGUCUUACCACACUUCGUCCUGGUCCCGAUAGUAUUUAUCAGACUAGGGCUUAGAUAUGUUUAGCGAGUCCGAGGUUCGCAUAGGGCUGCGUCAUGUGGUGGUAUGUGAACGUGCUUGAUUUAGAACUGAUGAGCUUGGAAAGAGGGGUAAGAUGGAGAAUAGAAGGUCAAUAGACGGUCCUAGUCAUUUCAGACGAAUAUUAUUUAUGGACUGAACC